AUGGCCCAAGAACAUCAAGAGGAGAACUCCGUUGAUCUUGUGAGCCACACUGUGAAACGCAAACGUGGGCGACCACGGAAGGAUGAGAUUCUUGGGUCUGAGCCAUCUAAGCGGAAUCGAAGAGCCAGAAUUGACGGGGAGGGUCAUGGAGCUGACCCCUUUGUCGGCCAGGUGGUUUCUGGUGUUCUUGAUGGGAGGUUUGAUGCUGGUUACAUGCUCACUGUUCAAGUUGGUGGUGGAGGGUGUGUCCUGCGAGGUGUAGUCUUCGAGCCAGGCCUCUCCGUCCCUAUCUCUUCUGCAAAUGACGUCGCACCAAAUGUUAAGAUGUUUGAGAGGAAUGAGGUUUCUUUACCAAGCUCUGCGUGGCAGCCUCCUAGUUACACUCCUGCACGGUCCGCUGCCAGAAGGGAUGGAGCAUGCAGGAGUCGCAGUAAAAGUGAAUCUACGGCAGUCGUGGAAGAUUUAAAUGGCAAUAAUGUUCAGAUGAAUCUUUCAGCAGACAUGGCGAGAUUGCCCGGAAAAGACUCGAACCACGCCUGUGGGAAUCUGAAGUUGGAGGACUUCCAGUCCACUGGUAGUGACAACAAAAUCAUAGAUGGAAUUCAGAACUUGCAGCCUGCCCGCGUUGACCUCCCUGAAGCUAGUGGGAACCCUAAGAUCAUUUCUUUAAUCCCCAAUGCUGCCCAUGAUGCCAACGCGAUUACAUCCGAACCCAAGAAAGAAGCAGCAUCAAAAGAUCCGCCUAUUUUUGGAAAUGAUGUUGAGACUUCUGAUCUCCAGGACGCUGCCUGUGACACCAAGCAGACCGCUCAAACUCACAUCACCAAACCCCUGCUGCAUGUGCCAGAGGCAUCAAAUGUUAGUAACACUGCCCAGCAAUAUGAGACGUUUGUUGAUGUGAAACUGGUUGAUGAAAUUCCCCUGUUUAGAUCAGCUGUUGAGCCUGAGAAAGCAGCUGUGCCGAAUGCCGAACCCAGCUUCAGGAAUGUUGCUGACAUAGAUGCUGAAAGUGCCCAGUCGAAAACCUCUGAACCUGAGCAGCCGGCUGAGGCUGCCCAUCUCCCGCAAGUUUCCCCAGCUGAAGCUUUUGAUCAUAAGCAAACAACUGAGGCUUCUCAUGCCCAACUCCCUGAAAUCAUCAAUGGUGCUGAACCAGUCACCGAAAUUCCUGCUGCUGAAGCUUCUCAUCACACUGGGCAAUCAGCUGACACAUCUCUUGGGGACACUGUGGCGGUCAAUGAGUCUUCUGAAUUCAACCAAUCGGCAGUCAAUGAGUCCACCAACCUUCCUGGCGAUGCAGGGACGGUCUCUGAAGUUCCCCAGAUUAAAACCAUGGAGCCCAUACAGGCAGCUGAGAUUGUGGGCAUCCAUCCCCAUCAGGAGGAGGCUGCUGAUGAACCAAAAACCGCUGCUGAACAAUCGGCAGUGCGAUCUGACGGUAGGCCUCCUGCUCAGCUCUCCGAAGUUUCCAUUGAUACAGAACCAGUCGCCAAAGUUUCCCAGAGUGGAGAUUCUCAAUCUCUGGAAGCCGCUGAUUCUGGGCAUGAUCUGUCAAAUGUCUUUCCAGAAGAUGUUUCUGCAUCUAAACAGCCAUCUGACUCAUCUGGCAGAGGCCAACCAUGUUUCUCUGGACCGACUGCUGAGAUCUCCGAAUCUGAAGAACUUUGUGAACCAUCCAUUGAUGGGCCCGAUCUAACAGGUGACACCAAGUCUCCAAAUCUCUGUGGGGUUGCUGAUGAUGCAGAGCCGGCUGUCAAGUCCAAGCAGGAAGAUGAUGAUGGCGAAUCUGAAGAAGCUCAUGAACCAUCCAUUGAUGGGCCCGAUCUAACAGGUGGCACAAAGUCUCUUAGUCUCUGUGGGGUUGCUGAUGAUGCAGAGCCGGCUGUCAGGUCCAAGCAGGAAGAUGAUAAUGGCGAAGCAUCUCCUCUUGAUGAGAUGUUUGACUCGCAAAAGCAUCUUGAGGCCCCAUCAAAGGAAGUGAUGACUACAAUGGCAGCCCCAGGGACGACAGAGAGUCCUCUAGGACCAGAAGAGGACUUGCCCUCUCUACCCGGUUCUGGAGCUAUGGAAGAGGAACCACCUGCUUCAGGCGCAGCAGCAGCAGAGGCCAAUGCCGGGUUGGGCUAA